UAAUCGUGUAGCUAAGCAAAUAGUCGUUGCUAGGGCAACUAGCCCGUUAGCAUGUCGAAAUUAAAUAAUUCUACCUCCUAAAAUAUUUGCGUUUUUUGUCCGCGGGAAAACAUGCGUGAAAUGUACUUUCGGUUUAUGGAAAAAUGUUAUCCGUAAUAUUCCGUGACACACUGGCUCUCUGUUAGCCACAUAGCCAGCUGCUCACUGUGUCUACGGACCGACUCAGACAUAAACAUACGUGAAUUCUAGAGAUAUUUCAUCUUCUCCUUUGGACGAGGUUUGCGAAUAAGUGCAAUAUGGACACGAAUGUUCAGAAGAGGCGAGAAAACAAGAAGUCGUUACGGGUUAAGGUCAUUAGUCUGGGAAAUGCAGAGGUGGGGAAGAGCUGCAUUAUUAAACGGUACUGUGAGAAGCGGUUUGUGCCCAAGUAUCUAGCCACUAUUGGGAUAGAUUAUGGUGUAACCAAGGUUCAGGUUCGAGACAGGGAGAUAAAAGUAAACAUUUUUGAUAUGGCUGGACAUCCUUUCUUUUAUGAGGUCCGCAAUGAGUUUUAUAAGGACUCUCAGGGGGUGAUUCUGGUCUAUGAUGUUGGUCUGAGGGAGAGUUUUGACGCUCUGGACAGCUGGCUCACAGAGAUGAAGCAGGAAAUGGGCUCACAGGCCAACAUGGAGAACAUCAUCUUCGUCGUGUGUGCCAACAAGGUUGACCUGACGAAAAGACGAGUUGUGGAUGAGAGUGAGGGGAAACUUUGGGCAGAGAGCAGAGGAUUUCAUUACUUUGAAACUUCUGCCCAGAGUGGUGAAGGCAUCAAUGAAAUGUUUCAGGCCUUUUUCUCAUCCAUUACUGACAUGUGUGAAAAUGGAGGGAAGAGACCCACUUCAGAGGUCAAUGUAGGUUUUACUAAAGAGCAGGCCGACACCAUCCGACGCAUCCGCAACAGCAAAGACAGCUGGGAUAUGCUGGGGGUUAAACCUGGGGCCACAAGGGAGGAAGUCAACAAGGCAUACAGGAAGUUGGCUGUACUGUUGCACCCGGACAAGUGUGUGGCCCCAGGCAGUGAGGAUGCCUUUAAAGCAGUGGUUAAUGCUCGCACAUCGCUGCUCAAGAAUAUCAAUUGAUCAGCUUCACAUUGCCAUUAGUUGGAGUUGGAGAGUUACCUCGCAUUUGCAGAGUUCCCUUCUCAGUGAAGAUUACGCUUAAGACACAUGGAGAAGCCUCUGGACUCCAACAAAGACUUAGUAACAGCUGAGCUUGACAUACAGCUAUGACACUGUUUAUACUAUGACGUACAGCUGUCCUGUUUAUAAUGUAAUAUACAUGUUGAUGUCAAAAGUUGUAGUAGGGAAACAACAAUAAUGCUGUAAGAUUUCAGCCCAAAUCAUGUGCAUGUCACAUUGUCUUGGAGCAUGAGGAUGACCCUUCUUUUCCCAGUCUGUCCUGUGACUUGUGCUGCUUUGCUCCCAUAGAUGUACAGGUGAAAGACCACUUAUUUACCAACUGAUUUACGAGUCAGACUUAGCAUUCUAAUGCUGUUGUUUAAUCCCGA